GACCACAUAAUUAUCAACUAGGUCACAGGGGCGUUGCGGAAGCAUACAAUGAAUAGGGGUGACCAGGAAGUGCGAACUCAGACUCGAAAGGCGGACGGCAGAGCAGGCCCAGCUGUCUUCGGAAGGCUGGAGCUAACAUCUGGACAUGUGGAACCCUAACGCUGGGCCUAACCCAUAUCCACCCCACGCUGUGUGUCCAGGAGGUCCCAAUCCUGCCUGUCCACCACCUAUGAACCCUGCCUUUCCUCCUGGCCCCUGUCCUCCAGGAAUACCCCAGGGAAACCCAGCUUUCCCUCCAUGUCGCCCCCCUUAUCCUGUACCACAACCAGGGUGUCCAGGAUACCAACCCUCAGGGCCCCACCCUCCCCCGUACCCACCACCUGCUCCUGGCAUGUGCCCUGGGAAUCCUCUGGCUCCUGGCAUGGUAGGCCCGGGAAUGGCGAUAGACAAGAAGACACGGAAGAAAAUGAAGAAGGCUCAUAAGAAGAUGCACAAACAACACAAACAUGGAAAGCAUUCCUCCUCCUCCUCCUCCUCCUCCAGCAGUGACUCUGACUGAAUGCAGGGCCUGGGCCCUCCUCACCGAGCUUCAGCUGUCAUCUUGUGCUGAGGGAGAUUAGCCCUCCCCGCCCCACUCCUACCUGCGCCUUCCCCUGCUGUUUGGCCUGGCUGUCUAGGGAGACUGGGAAGAAGAUUGCCAUGAGUUGGCAAAUGCUGCCUUGUCCUUGCUUGGUGUUAUAGUUGAUGAGGUCAGCAGGAGCUCUGUCUUUUGAAGAUGGUGAGACCUCUGAGCUAAAUGGUGAAGACAGUUUUAAGAUCUGCGCCAUGUAAUCUUUUGUAAUGCUUGUGACUGGGGUUUGUGAAAAUUUAUGAUCAAAAAACCUGUACUUUUGUAAUGAUGGCACAUUAGGGUGAUGGAGUGGGAACUAUGUUCCCCAUAGGCUUUUUAUUGAUUGCAGUAACUGCAGAGCUGCUGGGAAGUAGAGUCACCUUGCUGGAUGAGCUCUUCUAGAACUUAGUUCAACAUGCUAUCUCAGAUGGCUCCUAAGUCCAAAUAAAAGUUAUUCUCCUGGC